AUGUCCUCUCAGAAGAUCGCCAUCGUCUCGGUCUAUGACAAGACCGGCCUGCUGGACCUGGCCAAGGGUCUCGUCCAGCAGAAUGUUCGCAUCCUUGCCUCGGGUGGCACUUCCAAGAUGAUCCGGGAGUCAGGCUUCCCUGUCGAGGACGUCUCUGCCAUCACCAAGGCCCCCGAGAUGCUGGCUGGCCGUGUCAAGACCCUCCACCCCGCCGUCCAUGCCGGCAUCUUGGCCCGAGACCUUGCCUCCGAUGAGAAGGACCUCGCCGAGCAGAACAUCAACAAGGUUGACUAUGUCAUCUGCAACCUCUACCCCUUCAAGGACACCGUCGCCAAGGUCAAUGUCAGCAUCCCCGAGGCCGUUGAGGAGAUUGACAUUGGUGGUGUCACCCUCAUUCGUGCUGCCGCCAAGAACCACAAGCGUGUCACCAUCCUCAGCGACCCCCAGGACUACGCCGGUUUCCUCAAGGAGCUCGAGAAGGGCGAGAUUACUGAGGCCAGCCGAAACAAGUACGCCCUCAAGGCCUUCGAGCACACUGCCGACUACGAUGCCGCCAUCUCCCAGUUCUUCCGCAAGGAGUACGCCGGCAACGGCCAGCAGCACCUGGCUCUCCGAUACGGUGCCAACCCCCACCAGAAGCCCGCCGCCGCCUAUGUCACCGAGGGUAACCUGCCCUUCAAGGUCCUCGGCGGUGCUCCCGGCUACAUCAACCUCCUCGACGCCCUCAACGCCUGGCCUCUGGUUAAGGAGCUCAAGCAGGCCCUCGGCAAGCCCGCUGCCGCCAGCUUCAAGCACGUCUCUCCUGCUGGUGCCGCCAUUGGCCUUCCCCUCACUGAGGAUGAGAAGAAGGUCUACUUUGUCCACGACAUUGAGGGCAUUGACCAGUCUCCCCUCGCUCAGGCUUAUGCUCGUGCCCGAGGCGCCGACCGUAUGAGCAGCUUUGGUGACAUGAUUGCUCUCAGUGACGUUGUUGACGUCCCCACCGCCAAGAUCAUCUCCAAGGAGGUCUCUGACGGUGUCAUUGCCCCCGGCUACGAGGCCGAGGCCCUUGAGAUCCUCAAGAAGAAGAAGGGCGGCCGUUACUUGGUCCUCGAGAUUGAUGCCGACUACCACCCCGGUUCCAUUGAGACCCGCAGCGUCUACGGCAUCAACCUCCAGCAGGCCCGCAACGAUGUCCAGAUCUCUCCCAAGCACUUCAGCACCAUCAUCACCCCCAAGGACACCGGCUCCCUCCCCGCUGAUGCUGCUCGCGACCUUACCAUCGCCACCAUCACCCUCAAGUACACCCAGAGCAACUCUGUCUGCUACGCCGUCAACGGCCAGGUCGUUGGUCUCGGUGCCGGCCAGCAGUCCCGUAUCCACUGCACCCGUCUUGCCGGAGACAAGGCCGACAACUGGUGGAUGCGCUUCCACUCCCGUGUCCUCGGCAUCAAGUGGAAGAAGGGCACUAAGCGCCCUGACAAGAGCAACGCCAUUGACCUGCUUGUCAGCGGCCAGCUCCCCAAGGACGGCCCUGAGCGCGAGGCCUUUGAGGCUGUCUUCGAGGAGGUUCCCGCCGCCUUCACUGCCGAGGAGCGUGAGGCUUGGAUGAAGCAGCUCUCCAAGGUCUGCGUCUCUAGCGACGCUUUCUUCCCCUUCAUCGACAACGUCUUCCGCGUUGCUCGCUCAGGCGUUAACUACAUUGCCGCCCCUGGUGGCAGCCAGAACGACAGCGCCGUCUUCGAGACGGCCGAGAAGCUCGGCAUCACCUUUGUGGAGCAGAACAUCCGUCUCUUCCACCACUAA